AUCAGUCAUUAAUUGCUAUUAGCUGCUCAUUGUUUAAAAGACGACAAACUUACAUUAAAAUGUCGGAAAAUGAUUUUAUCAUUUAUCCUUUUUCAAUUAUAGUUUUUAUAAUCUUUACAAUAUUCAUCUGUGCAUCAGUUGCUCAUCGUAGGAAGAGAAAUUAUGAUCGCACUCGAUUUUCAUGUGAGUAAUGAUUCUUGUCCAUGUGACUACCUCUAAAAUUUACUAGAGUAACCUACCAAUUACUCAAUCAUUAUCAGUGAGAUAUCAUUCAUGGCUGUGUAAGUUAUGAUAGCGAUUAGGUCUAAUUUUUUUACUGAUAAUAUUGUAUUCUCUCAAUCAGUCAUUAAUUACUAGUAGCUGCUUCCACAUCAGUAUAAAAUGACGGAAUUUGUCUUUUAUCCAUUUACUUUUGUGAUCUUUGUCGUAUUUGGAAUAUUGAUUUGUUCCUCAAUAGCUCGCAAAAAGAAGAGAAAUCAAAUGGCUAUGCUUUCAGCUCCCGUUGUAGUAACCCAACCAGCUCACGCUGUUCAAUUCCAAGCAGGUCCAGGAAACAAUUUUCAACCUAAUCCAAGUGCUCCAUAUAUUCAAAACAUGCAAUAUCAUAUGCCAAUGCCACCUUAUCAAAAUAAUCAGCAGUUCCAACAACCUUACCAAAAUGUCUAUUCGCAGCAACCACCACCUUAUCCUGGAAUGCCACAACAGUCAACAGAUAAUCAACCUGGCUUUAAAAUUGGUGUAGAAACAUUCUCAUCUUCUGGUACUACCGUAAAUGGCAUAAAUGUUGAAGAAUCAAGGAACACAGUGACUCGUUAUUAAUAAACAAAAUAAACGGUUAUUUUUCCAAAAAGAGCAAUGGGUUUCCGAGAAUUUCAAUUGUUCUUUUCCUGCUGACCCCUUACCCCCCCCCCCCCCC